CUGGGUGCAGCUGAUCGGAUCUGGUCGAUUUUUCGGCGCAAGUCACUGUCUGACGGAGGCGUGAAUGAAUGCAGAUUUUGGGGUUCCAGUCGAAGUGUUGUUGUUGUUGCUGUGGGACAAAGUCAAGUUCAGUCCCAGAGCUUUCCGUGCCAAGUCCAGCUCCCUGCCCCGGCACGGCCACCCGAACCAACCGCCCACUGCCCUCCAGACAGCGGACAACAGAAUAUCAAUCACAGAAUGGCUGCCAUCCCGCCGGUGGUGCGCGGCGAGUUUCUCUAUCGCGACGUGUUGCUCGUAGACGUUGGCGGCGAGCUCAAGCGCCAUCCACGAGCAUCCGAGUCCGAAUUGAAAGCUCUCCUGAAUGGCAAGAAUGUCGCAAAGGAUCAAGUAGGCCAUAGGUGGGAAGCACAACUAAUCCACUAUGGCUUGCAACGCAGUAAACAAAAAGACACUGCCAAGAUCAGGUUGUCGCAAGCUUUGGCUCAAGGGAAAUUGAAGACGCAGCCGCCGCAUCUUGCCGACAUGGAAGCGCAGAUGAAGAAGGAGUAUGCUGCCGCUGUGAGGAAGGCUACGAAAUCGAAUUCGACGCCUAGCGGUAAGGCGACUAAGCGCGGUAGAGAGGAGGAGAUGGAAUCGAGCUCCAAGAGGACGAAGGUCUCGGUUCGGGUCGGCGAUGUGUCAAUCGACAUUGACCAUGGUGAUGCCGUGGCAACCAAGAAGCAGAAGAAGACCGACUCGACAACUAAGACGACUAAGGCUGUUGCUGCGCCCAAGAAAGUUGCUGCUACCAAUGCAAUCAAAGCAUCAUCGAGCGUUCCAGCAACGCCGAAGACUUCCGAGAAGCCGCUUGGAAAGGCUUCCUUCUCCAACGACAACCCGUUCCAGAGCUCCGCGUCCGACUCGAGACCGACACCUGCUACCAAGUCAAAAGCAGCGCCAGUUAAGAAAGAAGCAAAGGUCAAGUCGGAGCCUGCAGCUCCCAAAGCAACUCCCAUGCGACCAGCAUCCUCCACUGUAAAGCACGAGGGCUACCUUUUCGACGAAAAUGCCAUGGACACCCGAGUCGACAUGCCUCCCGAGAAAUGGGAGAUCACCGGAGUCUACUCGAUCCACUGCCCUCAGAUCACGGAACAACUUCCCAACGAGGAACCAAAUCUCCGACUCUUCAUAGAAGUCAACGUCGAAUCGGGCAUCACCUGGGGUGGUUUCGAGCUCGCCAUGAAGUCCGGCGUCGUCAAAAUGGACGAGAUCGACUUCAAUCGAAAGCUGACCUUUGGUUGGCGCGCGAGGGACAGCUGGGACAAUACUCUUCGUUUCGGGAAGAAGUGUUUUGGCGAGAUUGAGUUCGAUGGGAAGGGUGGCGUGUACGGGGUCUUUCACAGCAUGUUCAAUGAACCUUGUGAGUUUACUGGGAAGCGGAGGCCUGGUCCGAGGUGGUCCGGGAAGAGUGUGUACAAGUAUGAGCAGGAGUGGGAUGCGUUCCCGAAGGAGGCCUAUGGUCGCUGAGCAUGGCCAGAACAAGCACGUAAGUGCGCGCAUUCUCAUUGUUGGACAAAACGCUCGAAUUACGAUCUCUCGACGAACGUUGGAUGAUGGGCCAUAUUAACGCAGGUCGUCUAUACAUUGAGCUUGGAAUAGACCUCAGUGUCGAAUCUUGUCGGCUUCCUGAGAUCGCUGGAAGACACUGGAAGACUGUGCUUCCCGUGAUAGCAGCCACAUAUUCCGCACUUCAUCGAAGC